UAGAUUUUGAAGGUUCCGCCGGUAAACACAGGCACGCCUGUGAACUCACGUGUGAGUGAGAUGAAAAACAACAAAAAGCAAAAUAAUGCGUCUAAGAAUGGAAAGUUUAAACCCGGAUCAAAGAGGCGAGAAAACAAAUGCAUCGUCUCCUUUGACGAUAAAGACAGACAGGAAUAUCUCACAGGCUUCCACAAGAGGAAGGUGGAACGAAGGAAAGCAGCUGUGGCCGAACUUCAGAAGAAAAUAAAAGAGGAGCAGAAGCGAGUGAGAGAAGAGAGGCAUAAAGAAUACAUGAAGAUGCUGAAGGAACGGAGAGAAGCUCUCGAUGAAGCCGAGGACGAUCUGGAAGACAUGAUCACCAGCAAAACAGAGUCUGUGCAGUUCGACCAUCCGAAUCACACCGUCACCGUGACGACCAUCAGUGACCUGGACCUGAGCGGCGGACACCUGCUCGGCCCUGCUCAGGUCGACAACAGUGGGGAAGAUGAAGAGGAGAAGGGCGAGGGAGAGGAGGAGAAGUCAAUGCCGAGGAAAACUGGGAAGCCCAUCCUCAACAAGAAGAUCCAGUCUCUGACGGCGGCGCUCAACAGCUUCACCUCCAAGAGGAAGAGGAAGGGGAAGCAGGAAGGUCGUGGGACGGACAGGAACCCCACCGUCACCGAGUUUAAAAAAAGACCUCUGAAGACCAGCAAGAGGAGGCGGCGCCGGCAGACGGGCCGGACGCACUUUAAGGACUGAGACCAGACAGUUUCGCCACAAGCCAAUGGAGUUUGAAGACUGUGGAGUUUGGCAUUUUAGCUGGAAUCAUCUUUUGUACAGUUUGUAUCCAAACAUGACGAAUAAAGACGAGCGUCGGGGACCUUUA